AUGACGUCACUUCUGGGUUGCGUCAUCGCACUGCGUGCCGAAAAGCUCCAGGACAGGGCCUGGGACUCCCCCGCUUUAAGCAUUGCCCGCUCGGACCGGCAGCAGCUGGUCCCCAGCCAGGGACCUCCCCCGGAGAUGCCCAGCCGGGCUGCACCCGGGAAAGGCCUUAAUCUGCGGGUCCUUCAGAAGCUAGGAAAAGCUGAUGAAACUAAAGAUGAACAGUUUGAAGAGUAUGUUCAAAACUUCAAGAGGCAAGAGGCGGAAGGUUCCAGGCUCCAGAGAGAACUCCGGGGAUAUUUAGCUGCCAUCAAAGGCAUGCAAGAUGCUUCCAAGAAGCUUUCAGAGUCUCUGCAUGAAGUCUAUGAGCCUGAGUGGUAUGGCCGGGAAGAUGUGAAGACGGUUGGAGAGAAGUGUGAUGUGCUUUGGGAAGAUUUCCAUCAAAAGCUGGUGGAUGGAUCACUGCUGACCUUGGAUACAUAUCUGGGACAGUUUCCUGAUAUUAAGAAUCGCAUUGCAAAGCGGAGUAGAAAACUGGUUGACUACGACAGUGCUAGACAUCAUUUGGAAGCUUUGCAGAGUUCAAAGAGAAAAGAUGAAGGCAGAAUUUCUAAGGCAGAAGAAGAGUUUCAGAAAGCACAGAAAGUAUUUGAAGAUUUUAAUACCGAUUUACAAGAAGAGCUUCCGUCUUUAUGGUCAAGACGAGUUGGUUUUUAUGUGACCACAUUCAAAAAUGUCUCCAGCCUUGAAGCCAAAUUUCACAAAGAAAUCACUUCGCUAUGCCACAAACUUUAUGAGGUGAUGACCAAGCUGGGAGAACAACACGCUGACAAGGCCUUCACCAUCCUAGGAGCACCCAGUGAUUCAGGCCCACUCCGAAUCGCAAAAACUCCGUCUCCACCCGAAGAGGCCUCACCUCCACUUAGUCCUGAAGCCAGUCCUAACCAUACAUUGGCACCAGCCUCUCCCGCACCAGCACGGCCUAAAUCUCCCUCACAGCUGAGGAAAGGACCUCCUGUCCCACCGCUGCCUAAACUCACACCAACUAAAGAGCUACAACAGGAGAAUAUUAUCAGCUUGUUUGACGAUAACUUUGUCCCAGAAAUAAAUGUGACAACUCCUUCACAGAAUGAAGUUCCUGAAACUAAGCAAGAAGAGUCUUUGUUAGAUCUGGACUUUGAUCCGUUCAAGCCUGAUGCUGCAGCUCCUGUGGCAGUCCCGUCGCCCAUGUCUCAGACGCUACCCUGGGAUCUAUGGACGACAAGCAGCGAAAUGGUGCAGCCGGCAUCCAGUGCUUUUAAUGGAUUCACACAGGAUACAUCUCUGUUCUCAAUGCAAUCAAAUCAGAAUGUGAUGAAUAACUUGGCUGAGGCAGAAGAGGCUCCAUCUUUAGAAGUCCAGGCUGAGGAAGCCCCUAGUGCCCCUGAGGUGGCUGCCCCUGCUCCUGAGCCAGAACCUCAGCCCGUUGAGGCUGCUGAGCCACCCGCCGAAGCUGUGGAUGCUGUGGAGGCAGAGAUACAGGAGACGACGGAAUAUGCUGAGAAAGAAUGUGAGUUACAGAUGGACUCUGUAGUGGAAAGCCCGGCUGCACCCGAGAGUGUCAGUAUUGCUCCCGUAACUGAAGGCAGUGAAGUUGCUGUUGUCACUGAAACAGAAGAAGUUGGCGGCAGUGACAAACCUCACACUGAAGAGAAAGAAGCAGAGGCAUCUCAGGAAAAUCUCAGCAACAUUCCUUCAGUGGUAAUAGAGCCAGCAUCCAACAAUGAAGAAGAUCAUGAUGUUGUAGUGAACGAAUCCAAAGAUGCUGUGGAAGACGUCGGUGCUCAGGGCACAGAAGGUGUGGCUGGCGAACCGUCUGAGGCUGUCAGUGGGCCUACAGCCAUCAAAGAUGUCCCAUCAGCCGCUUCUGAGGAACAGGCCGUAGCAGCAGCUGACGCCAUGCCGCCCGGCUUCCUCUUCAAGGUUGAAGCACUACAUGAUUUUGAGGCAGCUAAUAAUGAUGAGCUGAACUUGGUGCGUGGCGAUGUCGUGUUAGUAAUCCCGUCAGCAGCGGCGGCUGAUCAGGAGGCUGGCUGGUUAACAGGCGUCAAGGAAUCCGAAUGGCUUCAGUACAGAGAUGCAGCCAAUCAAAAGGUCCUCUUUCCCGAGAAUUUCACCCGCCGUUUGGAAUAGUGCUCAGGUCAGGCCUGAAGUGCCACUGUGGGAAGCCCGGCCCCUGCAUUUCCAACCUCUCCCAUACGCAGGGCGCCCAACUUCGUUCCUAGUUGAGCUCUCCUGGUUUACAGACUGGUGCCAGACCCAAAACGAAGCAAGACAAGAAAUGAAAUAAAAUACAACCUGGAUGGCACAUAUCAAACGAGCAUGACUGCAAGACGUUCAAAGUUCGCCUAUUCUGAAGCAGUGCGUGGGGCGGGGGGGAGGGGAAUUGUCCUUCUUUGUUCACAUAUACGUGGCGACAGGUUUGUUUGUACUUUUGUCCGAGCUGUGGUGAUCCUGUAACUUGAUCCUUUUCCCCCGCGCAAAUCGGAGUAGCCUCCUCAAUACCGGAACCUUAACUUCCUCUGCACCACGUGUAUCGUAUUGUUGCUGCACUGCAGAAGACUCGACUAGUAACCCUGUAGUAAAUGAGGUCCAUCUAUUCCAGUUUUCAGUGUCUGGGGGGGGAAAGCAAUCCGCUGCAAAGUUUUUCCAGUGUUCUUUUCAAACCUACAUAAAUAUAUAGAGAUAUAGGUGUAUCUAUGUAUAUACACACACAUGCACGCAGAUGUACUGUAUGUGUAUAUAGAGCAGUGCAUAAAGAUCAUUGGUAGCCUGCCAGCAGCUUACCUGCCACAAACAGCACAGGCUUCAAGAGCGGUAGCAAACCUGGACGGGAGCUGGAAGACCCAUAAGUCUGGGUCUGGCUACAAGGUACAGCCAAGCCUGGACUCCUGGCUACUUAGCAGGCGAGAGGGGGAAAGCCCGGCUAGGGAGAACUAAGCUGUGGGGCUUCCGAGAAUGGCGCGCUCUGGACUGGCCAGAGGCCACCACCGAUCUGUAUGCAUUCAACACAUAUCGUCCCCCUCCAUUGUAGUUCCUUGACGUAGUAUUGCUCAUGCAGGCAUUCUGUUCUUAUUGUCUGGCAUUACAGUAGAGAAUUCCUUCCCGAACGGGAAACCAGCUGCUCCAUUGCCAAAAACAUUAGACAACAAUAUCUGCCUUUGUGAUGCAAAACUAUCAUUCCAAGAUGACGACCAAGUUCUCAAAGCUUGCAUUCAAAAGCCGCUACUGACAACAAGCAAACAAACACCAGGGAAGGCAUGGCCCCGGUCACCUCUGUAUAAUACCAACUGCUACAGCUAAGGAUGAGAUACUGCAGACGAAGGGGGAAGGGGCUGUGAUGCUAAUUUUAUUUUAUUUUUAAAAAUUAAUUGGCUGGACGAAUAUGUGUGAUUCUAAGUCUGAGGGGGGAAAGAUGAAUAAACACAAUAUAUUUUCACUAUGUGUAUUUAUGCAACGCACCUUUUAAAGAUCCCUUGAAAGUAAAACAACAAAAAAAAUGAUGUAUCCUGUAUCAAAAAGUCAUCUGUAACUCUUUUAUGUUUUUCAGUGUUGUGUCAUUCAAAAUAAAACCUUUGAUCAGCUCCACAAGAAGCUC